GUACAUGAUUACCUAAGAAGUAAGCUCUGCUCGCUGUAUGAGAAUGACUGCAUCUUCGACAAAUUUGAAUGUGUUUGGAAUGGAUCAGACAGCGUGAUAAUGACUGGUUCCUACAACAACUUCUUCCGAAUGUUCGACCGAAAUACGAAGCGUGAUGUGACACUGGAGGCGUCCCGAGAGAACAGCAAGCCUCGGGCAAUCCUGAAACCUCGUAAGGUGUGUGUGGGCGGAAAGCGCCGCAAAGAUGAAAUCAGUGUGGACAGCCUGGACUUCAGCAAGAAAAUUCUCCACACCGCAUGGCACCCUUAUGAGAACAUCAUCGCUGUGGCAGCCACCAAUAACCUUUACAUAUUCCAGGAUAAGGUCAACUAGCACAACUGUACCACCUCCACAUGUUCCUUAAAAGAGCAAGAAAAAGCUGUAGCCCAGCUGGAUAUUGCAGGGUGUGUUUUGUGAUGAGAAACAUGAAGUUACCUAUGAUGUGGGGAGAAGUAUGAACAGAUGAUGCUGGAGAAGAAGGCCAUGUUGUGAAAGGAUGCUCCCAGACUUUCGUGAACAAGCAUCCUGACCUGCUCAAUCAUUCUUCCACUAUUAAGUAUCUGCAUUUCCUCUUCCACGAACUCUAGUUUAUUUAUCGUAUUUAUUCAUUCCUCUGCUGGAAGUAAAUACCUGACACGUCCUAAAUCUGGAGAAAUUUGCAUUUUCAUCACAAUGAUAUGAAGAAUUUUUUAUAAGGCAAAACAAACCUUGAAUAAGACGGGCCUCCGCUGACAUCCUGGCAUCAGAAUCAAAGGGGUGCCUUUACUUACAAAAAACUAUGGAUUUUCAUUUCCUUUGAAACACAAUGCCCCCCGACUUCCUCCGAAGUGUCUGACUGAUCCGUAACAGACUAAGACUGUUACUUUGCGCUGAUUGUAGUGUUGAGACAAACAAUCUGUGGAUGGAAUCACAGCAUUUAGUGUCCUGAUUGGCCCUCUUGAAUGGAGCCCUGAAGUAAAAGUCAAUCCCAUUGGUUAUGUCUUGUCAUUCCAUGUUGUCCUCUUAUUUUGAUGUAACCAUUAAUAAGCUGUGGUGCCUUCUUUUCGUAUGUGGGUACUGGGGAGGCUGGUGGGUGGGAGGGCUUUUGGAAGGGUGGUAUUUGGGUUGUGAAGUGUGAAUGUUUUUACAAGAAAUGUGAAGAAUAUCUUUGUGUAAGAAGGGGAAAGAAUUGCAGCGACGUGAUUUUACAGUACACAGAAUUGAAGUACUUGAAUUCUGCAUUAUAGUCUCCACUUUAUCUCAGUAUGCUCAUGACUUAUACAUGACAGUAUACCCUGUUUUUUUAUUCUUCAGUGCCGUGCUGGGUGAAAAGUAUUGCCGUAUUGCAUGCAACUUGUCAUCUAUAAUGAGCCAAUGAAGAAAAUAUAUGUCCCGCACCAUCAAAUGAACCUGUAACAAUCAGAUGUCAUUUUUUUUACAUGGUUUCUGCUGCAUCUGUCUGAGACUGUUAAAACAUCAUCAUUCAGUUACUUUGGCCUGAGGAUGACAGGAAUGCCGGUAUCAUGAUGUAGCCUAUACAUGACGUGAAGGUUAAAUGAUAUCAGGGAAUUUUAUUAUGUACAAAUUAACCAAUAAUGUUCUCUUCUGAAGAAUAAAAACUUCAGUUGUAAACUUCUUAAUGAAACAAAGUUUUAUAGCUCAGAAUGUAUCUACACCCAAAUAUUUGCCAUGCAGUCUUCAUGUUUAAUGCAAUUCGUUUAAAUAAAAAGAAACGAAAAGGAA